AUGUUCGCUGAUGAUCUCGAAACCGGUUUUCGAGGCAUGUUCUCAAAGGCAAAAUUUGCAGAAGCAAUUGUGAAGGAUCACAAUAGUCGACAGAAACAGAAGGACUCGGAGCAGAAGGACCUUCCCAAAGCUCCAAGCUCAGCUAUUCAGAAUGUCCGGAAGCGUGCCAUUCUUCGAGACUGGCCUCGAGAUCCCAAGGGCCCCGUCAUGAAAUCGACACCUCCCGGUAAAUUCGCAGGCAAUAACCAGCCUUUGUGGGGUGCCACUGUACUGGAUUUUUUCCGCACGAUGCGUAUGCCAGAUUGUCCAUAUCUAUCGACGAUCUCUACUGGGAGCAAGCUCUGUGCAUGGAUGAAAGAGAUUGGAGAGCUUGAGCAUGCGAAAGACGAGAUCGCCUGGGCUGAGCAGGAGGCGGAACCUGAGGAGCUAUUCCCAUGUGAUAUGGCACUGAUACUCAGGGAUGAUGACCAUCGACCACCUUUCAUACAAAAAGGGUUCGAUGAAAAGUUUAAAAUCGAGGCAGAAUUUCCGCCCCAGCGCUACGUUCAAUUCCAAAACCAUCUUCCACUUCAUUUACUUCCCGAGAAAUUAAUCGUUCAUGAUCCGGACGAUACUCUGCACGUACAUCCUGAUAACUGUCGACCCGCGGAAGAACGCUCUAUUCCCCGCACCUACAAGCUUCAUCUCACCCAGGAGACUCAGGACGCCAUUACCAAGGAACGAGCAAGGCUCACUGCGGCUGCUAAAGACAAACCCAGGGAAGCUCGCAUUUAUACCACCGCUUCCGAGGAAAUAAGGACUGGCAAAGUGAAGGAGGGUCCAGUCAUUGAAGCGACUUUCGCAGUGUUCCCCCGCGCCCCACCUACACCUCUUUCUACUUCCGAAGCUCACCUGUACAUCAAUUCUCACGACCACCUUGGCGAAGGCCACCACUCGUAUGUCUAUCGUGUCGCGUGGGAGAUUCCAUGCAGCCUGGUAAUGAAACCGUCCCUCUGCGAAACAUGCAUCCAGGAGGCGCUCUUCAAAAAGCUCAGAGAGGAAGAACCCGAAGCCAAGAUCGACGAGACGCAGCCUCUUGAUAUGCAGAUCGAGGACCUGAUGAUAGCUAUCGCUACGAAGCACGGGAGGCAGGGAAAGAUGUGGAUCGAGGAAAGGAUGAGGCCUGGCGAGGAACUGGAGAUUGUCGAUGGCACGGGUGAACCACGGAAGACCAUCAUCACUGAGGGCGGUCAAGAUUCCCGUACGUGUUAUGAAGGUCCCUCCCGUCGGGUCCUUGUUGACGUCAAGUGGACAACUCCCGGGAAUUUCUGCCAGCACGAAGAGAUACGUAACCAAGCCCCGACAACGUUCAAAGUCAGCGUCGGAGCCAAACUUUCUGUUCAGAACGACGGCCAUCUCGAACGCGAGGCGAGGAACUACCAAAAAUUCCCCGAGCAUUUCUUCCAGCACUGGAGCGGGUAUAAUGUUAUUGAUCCCCUUCACGAUCCUACGCCUGCGCUUGCGGUCGUACCCCAGUUUUACGGCUAUUAUGUUCCGGAGGAGGGUGAAGCGAAAGAGGGGGAAUACCUCAGUCCAAUUAUGCUCCUGGAAGAUUGCGGCGCACCUGUCAACGUCGACGAGCUGGACCUGGAUGACCGACACGAAUGCGCUUCUUUGCUCUUCCGCAUGCAUUGCGAGGGGUGGCUGCACAAUUCGUUCUUCCCAAGGAACAUCCUCAUGCAGCACGGCGACAUGACUGAUUGGCCAAUCUUCCGGAAGAAAGAAGAUCGACGCUUCCGUCUCAUAGAUUUCGGACGAUCGCAAUAUUUUCCUCCCGGGGAGUCCAGGAGGAACUUUGGGAAUUCGAGAGCCGUAGAAGAGAUGGAAUGCCAGAAGAUGUUCAAGAUUAUUAAUGUUCUCGCUUGA